AUGAAUUUUGCUUAUAAUUUUUUCUCAAUUAUAUUUAUUUUUGUUUUGAUCCUGUCGAAACGUGCCUUUGCAAGUCUUUGGUCAGAAACUGGACGGAUGAGUGAUAUGCAACAGUGGCGUCUCCUUUGCUCCCGUUAUCAAGUUGCUCAAGCCUAUAUGGAGGAUGUCAAUGCAAGAGUCACCAUGUUUGCUCCUGUAAAUGAUGUUUUUCUGUAUAAUCCAGAUCUCAGGGCAAUGGAUCAAAAAGAAGUUCUUUCACAUAUUGUGGAUACUCAAGUACCAGAACUCAGCAGCGGUCGACGUUGGGAGAAGCAAACACUUAUACGGUCAACAAUUAAUAGUGGUUAUGUUUAUAUAACUCAAUUUGAGAAUCCUGGACCGCCUGGGAAUUUUUCCUACUUUGCAAAUGCUGGUACAAUUUGUAACCAUGUUUCCAAUCAAUGGGGAAUUAUCAGCGGUGAACAUUUUGUUCGAGAUGAUGAAAAUGCUAUUUUUGUGGACAGGCAUUAUGAUAAUAGAGACUUAACUGAAUUGAGGAAUAUACUCGAUCGUGUGCCAGAUAUUGCUCUUGUAAUUUAUGGAAGUUCAGCAUGGAAUGGUUUCCAUACAUUUUUUCUACCAACAAAUAAAGCAUUCGCCAAAGUGAUUGAUCGAAAUCGGGUGGAUCGUGAAGUUUUGCUGGCUCAUGUUUCUGGAAUGAAUCGCGUGGGUGAGCUUAAAAUUUAA